ACACAGCACUGCACGUUAAACGAAUAUCGUUGUUCGGUAUUUGGCGAAGCACCAGUUUUAAUCAUACUUUGCAACUUGACAGUCUAUUUAUACCAGGCGUUAUUACGGUUUCUUGAGUGUUUAAGUUCCAGACAUGCCAUCACGGGACAUUAUAAUUAUAUUACUAUCUAUUUUUGGACUGUGCUUCACGGCGAGCAUUGCAGAUGCAAUUAUGUGUAAUUGCGAACACUGUGAUGAAGAAAAAAUGAUAGGUUCAGAAGAGAAAACAGAAGAGGAGACGACUACUCCCGCAUGGCGAGUCAUGUACAAAGAGGAUAGCGACGGUGACGGUAAUCGGACAAUUUGUGCCAUGGAUCGCGAUUUCAACAAUCGCACCUUCCCAAGCAUCUGUCACAUGUUAUGUUACAAUCAUUGCACGAGAUAUCGAGUGGAAGUUGAGGGGAAUGAUGCGAAGAAACAUGUCUUGGUUGCCUACAGAAUGAAUUACUACAAAUUGAGAGACGGAGCAUGCUGAAUAGGUUAUUCUCGAGACUGUGGCGGUGAGAAUGACUAUAUAACUUGAACCAGCCGUCGAUUAGUUGCUGUCGAAUUUCUUUAUAGACGACAUGUUCUAUGAUAUAAUCGCGAUUACUACAUAUAUCUUAAUCAAAAGAUCUGAAAUAUAUGUUAAUUAAGUUACUUUAAAUAUAUAUAUGUUAAACAAUAAAUAAACAAUAAAUUAAUAAACUUAAACAAUAAAUAUAUAUAUAUAUGUAUAUAUAAACAUUAGCUAAUACACAAUAUACGAAAUA